AUGUCUAAUUAAGGAUCGUCAAUGAAAGAAAUUGAAAUACCCACUCCAAGUGAUAAAAGCAAUUCACAAUUGUAAUCAGUAAGUGAUAAUGCUGAUUUACAAAGAGAUUCAGAUCCAACAAUUCAAAAAAGGGAUUUUUCUUUAUCUCAAUUUUCUUAAAAUGCCAUUAAACCUAAAAAAUUGAGAAGAAUUAUUUAGGCUAUGGAUAUAAUUGGAAUGCUUGGAUUAUUAAUUUAUUGCAUUUUAAUACAAUCUUAUUACUCAACCAUAUAUUUGAUAUGUUUGCUCUUAAUUUUAAAUUACUCCUAUAUUAGUAGCUAUAAAGGAGUUUAAGUAAAAGAUGGAAAACUUUAUCCAUUGGAAGAAUUUGCAGCUUAAUAAGAAUAAUUUCAUAAUACUAAUUAGAACUAAGAGUAAUCUGAAAAUAAUUUUAUAACUCAAUAUUGGUUAGUUCUUAAUGAUUUUAAGAAGACAAUAUGGUAUAGUUUUGUUAUAGUUUCGGCAAUCUCUUUAAUAGUUAAGCUUACAUUGUACCCUAUAGCUAAAAAUGGAGUAAUUUAAAUUAAUAUAGUAAGGGUUAUGCAAUGAUGUCAAUUGAAAACUUUAGAGGAUUGGAAGUCUAUUUCACAUUGAUAAAUGGUAAAAUCACAGUCUCUUCAGCAGAACAAGGAUUAGCAUUUGCACCUAACUGCAUAAUGUUAACUUUAGCAAUAAUUAUUUUAAUUUUCAGAAAUGUCGAAAUUAAAUAAGAAUUCUAUGAAUUAUCAGAUAGUCCUAUUUUGACUAAAUUUUUUAUUGUAAUCAUUUGCCAAUUUAUAUUUAGCUAUUAAUGUUACUUAAUCUGA